CUGCUAUUUAAGCAUCGAGUGAACCCUAAACCCCUUUCUAGUUCUCGACUGGUUUCUCCUCGGACGCGGGGACCCAUGGCUGCUUCUGUGAUUCUUCGAGCUGUGAGGCGCCGCAAUCCGUCGACGCCCUUCCUCUCCUCCCGCCUCGGAUCCUCAUCCAGGAGCAAUGGCAUACCAUCUCUGGGCCACAAGUGGGCUAGCUUGUUCAGACCUUUCAGCUCAAAGCCUGCUGGCAAUGAUAUAAUUGGAAUUGAUUUGGGAACUACAAACUCUUGUGUUGCAGUUAUGGAGGGGAAGAAUGCUAAAGUCAUAGAGAAUUCUGAAGGAGCUCGGACCACACCAUCAGUUGUGGCUUUUAAUCAGAAGGGAGAACUAAUUGUUGGAACUCCAGCAAAACGUCAAGCAGUCACCAAUCCUACAAACACACUUUUUGGAACCAAGCGUCUGAUAGGCCGGCGGUUUGAUGAUCCUCAGACACAGAAAGAAAUGAAGAUGGUCCCUUUCAAGAUUGUGAAGGCACCCAAUGGGGACGCAUGGGUGGAGGCUAAUGGCCAACAGUAUUCUCCCAGCCAGAUUGGUGCAUUUGUUUUGACAAAGAUGAAAGAAACUGCUGAAUCUUAUCUUGGGAAGUCUGUUUCGAAGGCUGUUAUUACCGUUCCUGCAUACUUCAAUGAUGCUCAACGUCAAGCUACAAAAGAUGCAGGGAGAAUUGCUGGGCUCGACGUGCAAAGAAUUAUUAAUGAACCAACAGCAGCUGCCCUCGCCUACGGGCUGAACAACAAAGAAGGCCUUAUUGCAGUCUUCGAUCUUGGAGGUGGAACAUUUGAUGUUUCAAUCUUAGAGAUAUCUAAUGGUGUGUUUGAGGUCAAAGCAACAAACGGUGACACUUUCUUAGGUGGUGAGGAUUUUGACAAUGAGCUAGUUGAAUUCUUGGUUGAUGAAUUCAAGAGAUCUGAUGCAAUAGAUCUUUCAAAGGACAGGUUGGCUCUACAGAGGCUUCGAGAAGCAGCUGAGAAGGCUAAGAUUGAAUUGUCAUCAACAUCCCAGACAGAUAUAAAUCUUCCAUUCAUAACUGCCGAUGCUUCUGGAGCAAAGCAUAUGAAUAUCACUCUGACAAGAUCAAAAUUCGAGACUUUGGUAAAUAAUUUAAUUGAAAGAACUAGAAAUCCCUGUAAAAAUUGUUUGAAGGAUGCCAACAUAAGCAACAAGGAUGUGGAUGAGGUUCUUUUGGUUGGAGGAAUGACUAGAGUUCCAAAAGUUCAGGAAAUAGUUUUUGAAAUCUUUGGAAAGAGCCCUAGUAAGGGAGUAAAUCCAGAUGAAGCUGUUGCUAUGGGAGCUGCCAUACAGGGUGGUAUUCUUCGUGGAGAUGUCAAGGAGCUGCUCCUCUUGGAUGUCACACCCUUGUCGCUGGGUAUUGAGACACUUGGCGGUAUCUUUACCAGAUUGAUUAACAGAAACACAACUAUUCCCACAAAGAAGAGCCAGGUCUUUUCUACUGCAGCUGACAAUCAGACACAGGUCGGUGUCCGUGUGCUUCAAGGUGAGCGCGAAAUGGCAGCAGAUAACAAGCUCCUGGGUGAGUUUGAGCUCGUAGGCAUCCCACCAGCUGCAAGAGGCAUGCCACAGAUUGAGGUGGCAUUUGAUAUUGAUGCCAACGGAAUCGUGACUGUUUCCGCCAAAGACAAGGCCACCGGCAAGGAACAGCAGAUCACUAUUCGCUCAUCCAGUGGGCUUUCCGAGGAUGAGAUUGAGAAGAUGGUGAAGGAGGCCGAGUUGCAUGCUCAACGGGACCAGGAGAGGAAAGCUUUGAUUGAUAUCAAGAACAGCGCUGACACAACAAUAUACAGUAUCGAGAAGAGCUUGAGCGAGUACAGGGAUAAAAUUCCAGCCGAGGUGGCUACAGAGAUCGAGUCUGCAGUAGCUGAUUUAAGGAAAGAGAUGGCUGGGGAUAACGUCGACAGCAUCAAGGCCAAGCUCGACGCUGCAAACAAGGCAGUCUCUAAGAUCGGGCAACACAUGCAAGGAAGCUCUGGUGGUUCCUCCGGAGGAUCUCAAGGCGGCGACCAGGCUCCCGAGGCAGACCACGAAGAGGUCAAGAAGUAGAGAAUUCCUUGAUACGCCAGUUCUAAGAAUAUCGCGUCAUCGUUCUCUUGUGUAAUAAGAAUUAAGUUUGCAAAACUUCAAAAUGUUCUUUUUUGAAUCAUGAACAAAUCCAACGGACUCUAUUCAGAUUUGCAGCAUGAGAGGAUUUCUCACAAUAA